UAGUAGACAGCUUUUCCUGCUUCUUGUGGACUGGAUUCGGGAGAGAGAAAACUCUGUUACUCACUCCGUCUCCAACUUUGAAAGGAAGUUACCACCUCUUCCCCAGACUCCACACAUACACACACAAACACACACUUGGAAACUCACAAGGCUCCUCAGGACUGGACCACAGCAGCAACAGUCGUGAAACAGUCUGCACUGCUUGUAACGGUCUUUGGAGGGAAAGAAGACGGAGAUUUGCAGUCAACCUGACCCUCUCAGUGUGAAGGUGAACAACUUCAGGAGGACGUUUUCUCUCAUUCCUCACUGGGUGGCCAAAUGAACUGUUCAGCCUGAGGACCAAAGAUCACGGGCCUUGAGCCAACAGCAAGAGAGGGAAAGAAAGGAGCGUGGACAUUUUGCAUUCGUUCUACUGCUUCUCUUUGCAUUAUGAGCUGGGACUGAGUACUUGCUUUGUGGUUUCAUUUCGUGGUCUGAAAGAGUGAAGACAAAAUCAUGGAUGUCAAGAAAAAAGAAAUGGACCUCCUAAGCAACAGCAUAGCUGCAUUAGCACACAUCAAAGCAAAUCCAGAGAGCUUCGGUCUCUACUUUGUACUGGGAGUGUGUUUCGGCCUGGUGCUGACACUUUGCCUCCUGGUCAUCCGCAUCUCCUGUAAGCCGAGGACCAACAUCGCCUCCUCCACGCCCGAGAAGAAGCACUUGAAGGACAUCAGUGAGGAAGACGAGGAGAGCGACGAUGACGAGGACGAGGAGGGAGACGACGUGGAGGCAGCUCUGCCGCUGCCCAGCACUGAAAUCCCCGUGGGGAAUCACACCACCCAGUCAGACGGGACUCUGAGCGUCAACGUGUUCACUUCGGCUGAAGAGCUGGAGCGAGCGCAGCGGCUGGAGGAGCGGGAACGCAUCAUCCGGGAGAUCUGGAGGAACGGCCAGCCCGACAUCCUGGGGACAGGGACGGGGACGGGGACUAUUGGAAGAGUGCACUAUUACUAGGAUGAACUAGGCUUAAAGGGGAACUCUGCCAGCUCUGUGGAGGAGCUAUGAGACUGUUGGGAGAGCCCAGUGUACUUGACACCCGGAAACUUCGUCAUUGUGCCACACAAGAUAUAUUUGGCUCUGACAGAGCUGAACUUUGAGAUAUUGCACUUCCUCCGUAGCAUCUUAGACUAUUUUCAACUGCCUACACUUAAAUGAACCAAGAUGUGUCUUAAUGGCUACUUUACUCCCACGGUGUGUUAUGAUCAUGGGAGCAGAAGGACUUCUUAGAAAAAUCAGUCUAUUAAAACAUGUAGUGCUUAAUGUCAGAAAUAUAUCGAACAUUGUGUUUUUGAUAAAAUGAAAUGUACCCAAGAAAAAAUACACAAACAAAAAAACCCUGGCUUGGGCUGUUACAGAUUGGGGAAUCAGAAAAAUACAGUAUUACGUAAAAGCACUUAAAUUGGUGUCUUUAAUUUAUGUACACAUUCAUGAGAUAAAUGCUUUCAGGUAUAAUUCCACCAAAGGAAAUGACAAAAUUAAAAAGUUUAACUGAAAUAGACUAAAUUUAAACUGUUCCUCUUCAUAAUGCCAGACAGUUGAGGAAAUGAAAGGGAGCGCUUAUCCUGUGUCACUUGUAAUUUCUUAGUGCCCCUCAUAUGGGCCUAAAAGCUCAGACAAAUACAGUUUUAUAAUAAAAUCUCUGGGAAACCCCCCAAAACUCUGGUGAUGGUUGUUUUUAUAAGCCUGAUCAAGUCAGACAGUUGGUCUGUAAGGGAAGAUUUCCUGAUAACAGAGAGGAAUGGACGGAUUCUUUAAAAGUAUGGAAGAGCGUUCACGUAUUGGUAGAUGCAUGACAAGCACAUCCUCAGUUGCAGCUUUCAGAGAUUUGCUGCUUUUACUCCUGUAAUCGUUCCAACACAAAACCACCAAUAAGUCCAUCAGUGCAGCAUAAAAUAUGCCUUAUUGCAGUGUUAAUAGAAAAAAAACAGGUUGUUCGCCCUGCAGCCUUUCGCUUCAGUCAUUGUUCAGAUCAGAUAUCUGAAUACACUUCAACACAACACCUGGUGCCUUAGGAUUCAUUCACCUGCUGAUGACACCAUCACACCGAGGAGCUCCACUGUUUCCUCCCACACGGCUACCCUAUGGCUGUUUUAAACACAUCAUGUAAAGCAGAUGCUGGCUUUUGUGUGAUGAUGUUUCUUACAUGCUUUAGCUGAGGCUCCGCAGGCUGCUCCUUGUGUUCUUCAGUCAAUCAACGGCCCUUCAUGAUUUCUGAAAGAUGGAUGCCAGGCCUUCUUCGGGGAUCCUCUGACUUUUUUGUACUUCAGUAUUGUUUUUGACCAAAAAAAGUGUUGUUUUCAUGUUUAUGGUACUGCAGAGUAAAUAGUGAGAGGAAUUUCAUCGAGCAACAACAAAAACAACAGUGUUCCUGAGCAAAAACUCAUGUAGAGGGUGAAUCACAAUGACUUUACUGUCUCAAGAUUUAUAUAACUGGGUUUACAUGAAAUGUUUCCAACUGCUGCUGCUGUUUUUUCUACAGCUUUUAGUAUUAUUAUUAGCAUCUCCAAGUUGUUUAUUCAUGUUGAAAUAUCAUUUUCAGUUUAAUUUGAAGGAGCAUUGGAUUACUUUCAGGAAGUGCCUUCUAGGUCUUGCUGUCAUCCAUCCCAACUAUUGACACAAGAAAACCCAGAGCGAUGCUGCAUUCAGGUGCAUGUUGACAAUGCUGCCAUAUUAUUACUAACUUUGAACCCAGUUUGGUUUGAGGUAGAAAAGAUGUCCUCAGGAAAAGGGGACCUACCACGAAACCAUGACUGGAGAGAAGGAGAAACCGUGUGUGAGGAAAGUAAAUAUCUGAUUUAUCGUUCGAAUUUAUGAGCGAUAAAGCCACACCGUCACUUUGGCCAAUUAUUUUCAAUAAGCCGUGACUUAAAACAACUUUUAAAGACUGAACUUUCAAACGUGCACCAUUCUAUAGCCCUUUCGCAAGGCAGGUAUCAUUUGUUCCUUCAAUUCUGAAUGUAGCAUAACUUCGUACUAUCUUGAGGUCACCUCUUGUUACAUUUUUGUAUUGCUUAAUGGCUUAAUGGUCUCACAUUAACAACAAUAAAAUUAGCUCACAUAGCUACAGUGAACAUCAAGGCAGAUGUGAUGAAGAGACUCAAUAAAGUCAUGAAAGAAGGAAGAUGGAGAAAACUGUAGGGGGCGCCUCUGAGCUCAAAGUUCUACAUGUUUCUAUGUCUUGCUUUUAUGCAAUUUAUAGAGUUGUGUGUUUAUAAAGUUGUUUUUUUGUUUUUCUCAUGUGUGUCAGACUGCCAACCCUGCUGUCUCUCUAGCAUUCCUUCCAACUUCUGUUUGCUAUUUUUUGCUCUUAUGCAACUGAUGCUUGCUGCCAAUAAAUGUUCCUAACUUUUA